AUGAGGGGCAGAGGAUCGUCUAAAAUUGACCCAGAAGAGGAUGGCAGAAAAGAAAAUGGCUUGGAAAAUGUCAAACUCGAGCGAGACGACCUUGGUUUCGACUACGUCUUUCUUCGUCUCCCCCAAGUCUCAGGCAAGCAAAUCGCCUGGUUUCUCCUGGUGAACUAUUGUUGGAUUGUCGCUGGAAUGGUCCAGGUUGGAUCAGUCAUCUUGCAGGCAAUUCCGGAUUAUCGAUGUCGGGCGCCGGCGGAUGAACUUUUUCCUGAUGUAAUUGACUACGAAAAAGGUCUCGAAUUUACGCCAGAAGAUAGCUGUAUGCAGUAUGCUAAUGUUGACUCAAUCUGUCAAGAUCUUACUGAUGACUUUGUCAAUUGUUUCAAAGAUGAAAAACCAAAUCUGAAAACAGAAAGCUGCGAUGCCGGUUAUAUUUUCGACAACUCAACAUUCACCCGAACCGUUUCCACCGAGUACGAGCUCGUUUGCGAAAACAAGGAACUCGACUCCGCGAUCUCAGCAAUCUUCAUGAGUGGCCUCUUCUUUGGCGUCUUCAUUUUCGGACCGUUGAUGGACAAGAUCGGAAGAAGACUCGCAGCUCUGAUCGCGAUGAUGGGCAUAAGCGCUGUAAGCUUGCCGCUGGUGCUGAUCCCAUACCAUGAAAAUGGAAUGUGGACUUAUGCAGCGCUGCGAUUCCUCAGCGGGUUCUUCGCGAUUUCAGCUGGGACGGCUUCGUUUGUUUUCACGAUGGAAAUUGUUGGGCCGAAAUACAGGACUUGGUUUGGCAGUUUGACCCAGGGAAUCUUUUCCGUUGGAUACAUGUUGCUCUCCUUGAUUGGUUAUUUGCUGGCAGAUUGGCAGGAUCAAAUGAUCGUCAUUCUCAUUGCUCCACUUCUCUACAUUCCAAUUUAUCUCUAUCUCCCUACUUCUAUCGCAUGGCUCUUUUCUUCAAGAAAAUUUGAUCAAGCAAGAUCCGAGACAGCGAAAAUCGCCAAAUGCCUGAAAGUCGACAACUGCACCGAAGAUUUCUUAGACGAACUAGAAGCUUCUGUAAAACUGCAGCAAAAAGUGGCGAUGGAAAAGUCUACACGCAAAUAG